AUGCUUGUCUUGAUCGCUGGUAUCACCGGCUUUGUCGGUAUUCCUUGUGCCAGGUCCGCAUUUGCGCGUGGCCUCAAAGUUCGGGGCCUAGCUCGCAACAUCAAAAAUGUCCCAGAGGAUGUUCGGAGCCAGCUUGAAGGGUUCGAGACGUUGUCGAGCCCCUAUGACAUCGCUGCAAUGGACCGGGCCACCAAAGAUGUUGAUGCUAUCAUCUGUUCCUUCGCCGGAAUCCCGGAAAUGUUCAUGGAUUCGCAAUUGCUGCUCAUUAGAGCCGCAGAGCGAGCCGGAGUGAAGAUCUUCCACGCUACCUCAUGGAACUACGACUGGACGCUUACUCCUGGUUCACAUGAGAUAUAUGAUGACAUGCGCGGCUUCGCCCAUCAUGUCGCGGUGAGCUCGACUAUCAAGCCGAUCUACAUGUUCACCGGCGCAAUCGCUGAGUACUACUUCAAGCGAAGCCCAUAUGACUGGGAUCCGGAGACCAAAACAUUCAACUUCCACGGGCCUUCGAAAUUUCCCACUCGGUAUACUACCGCAGAGGACAUCGGGAACUAUGUGCUUGAGGCUAUCAUGUCCCCGGAUGCUGCCGAUGGAGGCUUUAUUCGUGUUCAGAGCUUCGAAGCGUCCCCCGAGGACAUCGCCAAAGCAUACACUGCUGCGAGAGAAGGCCGUGUCACUGCUAAGCUUAACUGCUUGGGCUCAGUGAAGGAUGCAGAGGGUAAGCUGACUGAGGCAAGAGCUGAACAUGGGAAGAGCGGUUGGUAUAAGUUCAUUCGAUACUGCUAUCAGUAUCAUAUUCCGGCCCGUUCUUGGGAUUAUGAGCCGGUUGAUGUUGCGCGCUUCUCGAACGUCAAGCAGACUAGUUUGGAGGAAUUCUUCCGUCGCAACCCCGACGUGUAG